AUCUCAUUAGUGUAACUCCAGCAGCUGUCUUGCUCAGUAUCAAGAUGUUUUUUCUCACAAUUCUGCUGUUUUCCUACCUUCAUAUGUUUCAGCAGAUCCAGAAAACUACUGCACGUGGCAAAGAGAUGCUGUCCAAUCCCAAGCUUGUACCUGUUCAGGGGACUUUGAAUGUCGUGAUGAACCAGAACGUGACCCUCUCCUGCCACUCAGACUCUGGAUCUCCACCUGUCAGAUACACAUUGUUUAAACGCAAUCAGAAGGUAUCCACUUUAAAUAGGCCAGACUUGACCCCUGUUUUAUUUAACUUGACUAUCACCUCUGCCAGUGACAUGGGUGACUACAAAUGCAAAGCUGAGAAUAACAUCUCCAGUGGCGGAAAAUACAGCAAGAGUCUCAACUUCACCCUUCUAGAGCCAAUUUCCAAACCAGUGCUGAGCUCACCCACCUCCCAAGCAAAGAAAGGCCAGAAUGUGACCCUGUCUUGUCUCUCAGAGAACGGCUCUCUUCCUAUCACAUACAUAUUCUUCAAAGGAAGACAAACUAUCUCUCACCCAGUGAAGAUGCAGAAGAGCGAAGCAGCUGUGAUUUCUCUAUUUAUCAAUUCCUCUAGUGACUUUGGAACCUAUAAAUGCAGAGCUGAAAAUAGCUUUCACAAUAAUACAAAAUACAGCAACAGUUUCAACUUUACAUUAGCAGAAGAGAGAAACCAUUCUCAACCCUUGAUCAUUUCUCUUGGGCUGAUCUUGCUACUACUGGUAAUAGGAUUUGCUCUGGCAAUUCCAUUUUUCAUCAUUCCUUCAUAUAAAGCAAAAAAAAUAAAGUCUACUAGGUCCUCAACUGGCCUUACUUCAACAAUGAAGGCAGAAGAGUCUGAAAACUACGUCAUAUACACAGAGAUUGAGCCUAUUAAACCAGAAGAAGAAUACGUCAACUUUUCUGUUAUUAGAAGAGAAGAUGAGAAAGCAGAGGAGAGGGCAUGUGCUACAGUCUAUUCAAAGGUCCACACCAGGGACUGAGUGCAAGCUGGACCACUCCAUUCUCUAGAGUGGCAUCAGUUAUCAAGACCGUGAAGAGAACGCUCAUCUCAUCGUACCUGUGAAGAAAAGAGCACACCUGUUACUGCUUUUGGUGUAUGCAAAAUUCAGAUAAGUGACGUACAAAUGACUGUAAGCUGUAAAAAUUUAUUUUUACUAUACUGCACUAAGUCCAGCGUGAAGACACCAGUUUUCUUGUUGCCAUUCCUUGCUUUCCGAUUAUAUUUCUUUUAAAUUAUUUAGUUACUUUAAUACAUAAAAAGAAUGUUAUUUGGUGACCUAACAAGAGUAUUUUUGUAGAAGCAGAAUAUAUAUUUUUUUCUUGUAUUUAGUAACCAGAUUUACUCUGAAGACUACUGCACAGAACAAAUAGUUGUAUUUAUUUUCUCUCGGGAAAAAACAUUCAUCAAUAUGUUCAAGAUCCAUUGACAUGAGCAGUGACAUGCUCAAAGUUCACUCCUGAUCAACAAAUCAUGUAUGAAGUCCUCAUCUGCACAAAUAAUUCCACCACAUACGCUAAUGGUAAUUGUUCCAGACUUGGAAGAACUUUUAAGUUCAAGACUAGAGACAGUGUGCUGUCUGAAAUAGUACGCCACAAUGAAACACAAAGAAUCAGUCCAGAUGCACAAAUCGGGGUGAGGGUGGGAAACAGUUCUGUGAGCUUAUGACUCGUCUUAAGAAACUUAUUUUCAAUAGGAGAGUCUCUAAAAGGCAUUUCACAGUUCCAGAGAAACAACAAUAACAUGUGAAAGGCUUAUCCUUCACUUAAUUUAGAAAAUUAACUAUCUGACAUUGCUCUUUGUAAUAAAACUAAUUGAAUCCAAGUUUAUAGUUUGGGAUACAUGCCUUCAGUUAUGUGGUUACUGCACUCGAUGACUUCUUACUGAAAACAGGCAUAUUUUCGCUAGUCCACAGAAAGUCAUCUUUCACCUUCAUAGUUUAAUUUACAAAAGACUGUUUCUCCUUACUUUGUAUAAAGCUGUUCCAGAGAUACCUGCACGGUUUCAAGAUAACCAGGCCAUACAGAAAUUCUAUUUUCUGAGAGUUCAUUGAACAAUCCUUGACAAACCUGUGUUUAUUUAAAAACAAAAGUUAAAAGACUUUGAGGCACGAAUUCCUAUACAAAGAAACCAUUAAAACUAGUAUGUGUGAUGAUAGCAUUCCUAGCUGGUGUAAAGUUUCUGGCUGAAAUAAUCUCAAAGUAGAAAGCAGCCUGGCAAUUAAAUCUCCAUUUCUAUUUAAAAACAUGCCAGUGUAAGUUUCCUCCCUUACCUGGGGACUGGCUUAAUGACCUACUUAAAUAAAAACUUUUUAAAAAUCCUUCUGAAGAUGUGACUUAUGCACGGAGAUAAAUUUGAAAGAUUAAGAACCUGAGAGGGAUUGUGUUAUUUAUUUUCCUUAAUUUUGUACGGAACAAAUAUCAAGUCUAUAAAUAGUACUAAGAGCAGCAUGUUAACGCAAGGAAGGCGCCUACUACCCACUGUCUACAGCGUACUCCUUCCGCUGUGACUCCUAAGCUGCACUGUGAAAUCUGUACAGUCACGAACCUCCAAGACUCAAAGCAGCAGCAUGAUUUUCCCCAACAUAAGGGGUGUCUGAAUUGUAAGAGAAGGUUACAUGGAAAGUCAACGCUCAGAAUUAAAAUACUUUCUUACAACGUACCUGUCGCAGCUCUGUUGUUGGACCUUUUCCUACAACCAAGGCCACUUUAAGAGGCGCUAAACAAGGAUGAAGCUUAAGUACCUAAUAAUUUUACAAAAAGCAACAGAUUACUAAAUGCAUUUAGCGUGAAAUUCUAAACAGACCUAGGAAAUAUUUUCUCAUAAUACAAAAUCCUGAAUUAGAAGCAAGCUGUAUUUCAUACAACUAGUACACAUGCCAGCUAGGUUAGCAUGGCAGAAAUUUCCUCAAAAGAGAUGAAUUUUUAUUAGCAGAACUCCGUCAUCUUUAAUGGAGCCAGAGUGAUCAGAGACAGCCCAGCAGACAGCUACCAUCCAGGCUGCUGCCUGUUCUUAAAGACCAAAUGCCUGCCUGAUUAACAAGCACUGUCUGAAAGCUAGCACUCUCACUCCAGAAAACCAGGGUAAAAGUGGGAAUAACAAUGGUCCUUGGGGAAAUGCCCCACUACUGCCUGUGACCCACUUUUUCUACUCUUCUCAGCAACCUUCAAAUGCUGCCAGAAGAGACAAGCUCCUCUUUCCCACACGCAGCAACUACAUCCCAAUUCCUCUUAACUCCUUCAUCACUUGCACGGCAAGGGCCUGCCUUCUCAUCAGAGAGAAGGUAAAACAGGAAAGGUGACCUCAGGAUGAGAGAAAAAUUGCUAAUUGCUUAUGUGGGUGAAAAGGACAGCAGAGGCAGCCCCAUGGGGCCAGCCUAUUGCUAUCAGUGAAAAGCGUUGUCUGCAUCUGCUGGGGAAGGCAGCAGAGGAUGGCUAUGUGGAAAAGGGAGGCGUUUCCAUGCUUGAAUUUACCACAUUGUCUGUGGGUUUUGUAAUUAGACCUGCCCCUGCCUUCCAUCACCCAUUCUUCCUUACACUUUCUACAGAAAGUUACCUUUCUCUGUGAAUUUUUCUUUUUUGUUAAUGGGUUCUCAGCUAGCUGUAGAGAAUCAAAGAGAUAGGCUAAUGCUCCUCGGUCCAAAUUUCCACUCACAGACAGAACAUGAGGAAUAACAUUCUUCCUUCCAUCUCGGCCCUAAAGAGGAAAAA